AUGGCGGAGGAGUGCCACCAUCUACUCCAAUUCCAAUGGGAAAAAGCGACUUGGAGAUUCCGAUGUCUCCCCUUUGGACUUUCAUCGGCCCCUUGGUGCUUCACCAAACUACUGAAGCCGGUGGUCGCCCUGCUCCGCAGCAGGGGCAUACGGAUGAUCAUCUAUCUGGACGAUAUGUUGAUCAUGACACAAGAGAUCCCCCACCAAGGGAACAUCUAUCAUGGGCACUGA